CGCUGGGACCGGUUUGGUCUGUCACCCCGGAAAUUGUUUCUGGGUGGUAGAUCACCAGAGUUAUUUACACGGAAUGUGGUUGAGAUGAACAAAAACCCUUUUGCAUUCGAAGGAAGAAGUCAUUUAAUGUUCUUAAGCUGCAGAGUGGUCUGGUUCUGUCAGGCAUCCUUCCCUGUGUGACCAGGUCCUUGCCCUUGUUUGUUUGCCGGUCAUGUUUUUGCUUGCGUUGGCUCGGAAGCUCCGUUAGCCCGCAGCCCGCCGCCCGCCACCCGCCACCUGCCGCGAUGGAAGAUUUCUCUCCUCUUUCAUUAACUGAUAUCUGCUUAGACUAUUUGAGGGUGAAUUUAAGUAAGUUUUGUUGGGAAAGGACAGAUGGCUCAUUCUGUCUUAAGGAAGCUGUGGUGUUUCCACAAGAACUGGCGGAUCGUUUACUGCAAAAAAUGUCCUUGAAUGGUGUGCUGAAUGAAAAGACAGUGGGAAUUUUCCGCAGGAAUGAUCUGCUGCGCUUGAAGCGAGCUUGUAUUCGAAAUGCUAAACUGUCAGCAGUAGCAUUCAAGAAAGCAUUCUGCCACCACAAGCUUAUUGAACUGGAUGCUUCUGGUGUAAAUGCAGAUAUCACAAUAACAGACAUUGUAAAUGCACUUGUGACAAACAAAUGGAAUCAACAGUUCUUGCAGUGCCUUGUGUUGAAUUCAUUAACGCUGUCUCUUGAAGACCCUUACGAGCGAUGUUUCAGCCAGCUGACUGGCCUGCGUGUUUUAAGUGUUACCAAUGUUCUCUUCUACAAUGAUGAUCUUAGAGAUGUUACUUCACUUCCAAAAUUGGAAAGUUUAGAUAUUUCAAACACUUCUGUUACUGACAUCACACCACUUCUGACCUGCAAAGACAGGCUUAAAUCUUUGACCAUGCACCACCUCAAAUGCCUGAAAAUGACAACUACUCAAAUUUUAGAAAUUAUUAAGGAACUAAAGCUCCUGCAACACUUGGACAUCUCUGACGAUAAGCAAUUUACUUCUGAUAUUGCACUUCGUUUACUAGGACAGAGUGGCAUACUACUUAAUCUUCGAUCUCUGGAUAUUUCGGGCAGGAAGCACAUCACAGAUAAAGCUGUUCAGGCAUUUGUUCAGCACCGGCCUACAAUGCAGUUUAUGGGAUUGCUUGCUACUGAUGCUGGCUACUCUGCGUUCCUCUCUGGAGAAGGAAGCUUAAAGGUUUCAGGAGAGGCAAAUGAAGUGCAAAUCUCUGAAGCUCUACGUCGCUACAGCGAAAGAGCAUUUUUUGUAAGGGAAGCAUUAUUUCACCUUUUUAGUCUCACACACAGUAUGGAAAAGCCACAGCCUGAGCUACUCAAGCUUGUGGUCACUGGAAUGAAGAACCAUUCUACAAAUCUACCAGUGCAGCUAGCAGCAAGUGCAUGUGUGUUCAAUUUGACAAAACAAGACUUGGCUGCUGGCAUGCCUGUACGACUUUUGACAGAGGUAACACGUCUCUUGCUGAAAGCCAUGGAACAUUUUCCAAACCAUCAACAGCUUCAGAAGAAUUGCCUGUUGUCUCUUUGUAGUGACCGUAUCCUACAGGACGUCCCAUUUAACAGGUUUGAGGCAGCGAAAUUGGUAAUGCAGUGGCUUUGUAACCAUGAAGAUCAGAACAUGCAGAGAAUGGCAGUGGCCAUCAUCUCUAUUUUAGCAGCAAAGCUUUCAACAGAACAGACUGCCCAACUUGGUACCGAACUCUUCAUUGUCAAGAAACUGCUGCAUAUAGUAGAGCAGAAGACAAGUCAGUCAUUGGUGGACACCACUUUAAAGUUUACACUUAGUGCACUUUGGAACCUGACAGAUGAAUCUCCAACUACCUGCAAGCACUUUAUAGAAAAUCAGGGUUUAGAAUUAUUCAUGAAAGUACUUGAGUCCUUUCCAUGUGAGCCAUCCAUCCAGCAGAAGGUUCUUGGAUUGUUGAACAACAUAGCAGAAGUAAAAGAACUCCAUCCUCAUCUAAUGAAGAAGAGCUUCAUUGAGCACAUUAGUGUUUUAUUACAUAACAAAGAAGUGGAAGUCAGUUACUUCGCUGCAGGAAUAAUUGCUCAUUUGAUAUCCCGGGGGCUACAUAUCUGGACACUGGAUCUUGACCUCCGGGCUUCUCUUCUGGAACAAUUGCAUUCAGUUAUUUUAAAUUGGCCAACACCAGAUUGUGAAAUGGUAGCUUAUAGGUCAUUCAGUCCAUUUUUCCCAUUGUUAGAGUGUUCUGACACACCAGGAGUACAGAUUUGGGCUGUCUGGGCAAUGCAGCAUGUCUGCAGUAAAAAUGCACCUAGAUACUGCAGCAUGCUCAUUGAAGAAGGUGGAAUGCAACAGCUGUACAAUAUUAAGAACCAUCCGCAGAUUUCACCAGAUGUUUUGCAGAUUGUUAUUAGCAUUAUUGAAAGUUUAGAGACAUACAUGAUGCGCCAUGGAAAUGUCUCUUCCUGCCACAAAAAGCCACAAACUAAGCAGUGUGAUCUAAAGAAUAACCAGGAUUAAUUAUAUUGAGAGAUUGUACCAGUAAUUUACAAAGAAAACACUCAUUUCAUAAAUUAGGCUCCUCUCAAAAUGUUCAAGAUUGCUCAUAAUGUAGCUUUGUUAUCCCAUUCCCAUUGGGAAGGGAAAGGAGAUCAGAUCUCAGAUCAAAUACUACACUAGCCCAGUAUAGCCAAGUAGCAGAAGAAAUGUGAAACUCUGACCUAUUUCUGUAUGACUCAAAACUAUACUGUUCCUGAAGAAUUUUAAAAAUCAUUAACUUGUGUGGCAAAAUUUAUUGUCUUGAGUUCUAUUGUACAAUAGUACAACACAAAAGAUUAGCCCUUUAAUUCAUUGUGGGGUAUUUUUUUGGUAAAACUAUCCAAAGUGAUCUCACUUUCCUUGCAUUUUCCUUUACAACUUUUGAAGUGAAUGCUGGUUAAGAUGGUGCUCCCUUUCUUUGUUGCUCUUAGCUGCACACCUUUGCUACACAUUUCCACAACCAUCUACAACCCUUUAGCCUUCUCUGCUUCAGUUGUAAUUUUUUUAUAUUAUUAAAAACUUGUCUGUAUUUUCCACCUAAAAACCAAUAUCAUUUUCUAUAACUUUAUUAUCCUUUCUAUAAUGGAUUAAAGCAGCACACUUUUUGGUUCAGCUAUAGAUAAAUAUACUGUACAGUGUCUGAAUUCUUGUAUGUCUGUUUCAAUUUCUACUUCAAUUCCAUUUAAACAUGAUUUUAUUCAGACCUUCAAAAAAUACAGUAUCCUUAUUUAUAAAUUCUUAUUCCUCAAAACAUUUUAACAGUAUUGCAGCCUUCAUGCCUGGUCCAAUUCGACAAGGGGAACCAAGUUUUUAAGGUUGGGGAUUCCUGGAAUCAGCAGUAAAGAUUUUUGCUUACGUUACUUUAAAGGAAAGUUCUUUGAAAACAUACCUUGGUGUCCAAUCUCUCCAAAAAAAAAAAAUUAAUUCUUUUUUCACUAUGAUUGAAAUAUUGCAUAUGGAGUUCUUGGAUUUCUCAUGUGUUUUAGUAUCAAGGGGUGUUUGCUUAUUAUUCCUAACUUGUAGAAGGAACAGAUGAUAAGUUUAAACUACUUUGGGUCCUACAGAUGCAGAUUAUGUGCUUGUGGUGCUGCGGCUGUAAUAUUGCAGCAUGAUUUGAUUUCAGUUUGACUCAGACCACUUCAAUAGGAUAAUACUCUGGAACCUCCUGCUAAUUGCAAUUUGGGAUGAAAUUUUAGGGCUGAGUUAAUCUGAUGUUCUUUUCACCUGGCAAUGAAAAUGCUUGCAAAUUCAGUUUGUGGUGAUUGAUGUUUUUCUCAUGCCUUUGAUUUCUGAAUACAGCCUUGAAAUAAAUUUCUCUAGUACUUCUCAAACCCAAUAUUGUAGAAAUACUAGGAAUGAAUGAAAUACUGAAACCAUGCACGGGAUUGUUGAAAGUCCCAAAAUAUCUCAGUAAAACAAAUGGACAAUGAUUAAUUCACAGAUAUCCAAUAUGACUUUUGAAUUUGAGUGGAAUUACCAUAAUUGAAAUGGUGUUUGCUGUUAAAUAUUUCUACAAGUUAUCUAGAUGCAGUUGACGUUGAUCACAGUGGAAUGUUGGUUUUUGGUGCUGUCUUUGCAAAUGUUCAUUCUACAAGCAGCAGCUUUUAUUUGAGUAAAUGUUGCUGAUGAAAUGUUUACUUAAUCUAGAUGCCACUCAUAUGCCAACCAUUUUAUAAAAGAAAGAAUGGAAAUGUUGAACUGUAUUGAGCUUAUUUUUUGAUCUUUGUCCUGACAUCUUUUGUUCCCUUUUUAAAACAAUUUUGUACAACAUGUUACCUCCCUCAAAGAAAUAUGCUUUUGAAAAACCUGAAAUGGCUUUGUAUUAGUGUAUUAUGUUUUUCGUAUUGCCUGCAUAUGUUUAUAUUACUGGUUUUAUGAUUUUCUGCUCUGACUCUUCCCUUCAAUACCUCAUUUUUAAAAAAUGCAUUCUAUUAAAAAUAUUUGAUUUAGCAUUGCUAUUUAUUGAAAAUGUUAAUUCUUUAGGGGAACUGGUUUGGGGCAACUACCUUGUUUUUCUGGGUUUUUUUCUUCUCUCCUCCAUUGGUAAUGAAUGUGCACAAUCUGACAAGACGAUCAGUGAAUACAGCUAGUUGUCUGUCUUGUUCAUCUAUGCUGGAUGGUGUGUUUACUGCUUCUGUGGAAGGAUUAUUAUUUUUUUAAUUCAUCUGCAGAAAUGUGGUCUGAAUAUUACUUGUGUCACGGAGUAAUAUUUAUGGCCUCCUGGAUUUCUCUAUAGAUUAUUUAGACAGACUAGGGGGUUCCCAACAUUUUAUGCCAUGGAUCCCUACCAUUAACCAAGGGGGCCAAGUUGGGAACCCCUGAUUUAGACGAUGCACAAGUCAGUAAUUGUGCACGACAUAGAUCAUCAGAGUGCUAACCUUGCAUGGUAUGGAAUGGAGAUGCUAUCUUUGAGUAGUAUGCAGCAAAAAAAUUAUUGUGGAAUAAUUAUAUCACAGAGGCUGUGAAUCCAAGAUAGCACUUCUGUACAAGUACAACACUCCUUUGGUCAAUGUCUUCUGGAUAGAUUAUGAAACCAUUUUUUCAUUUCUUUUAUGUUUGUUUCUUGUCUUGAAUGUGAUUCUGUAACUGGUUUGGGUGCUUCAGUGCCCUUGCAGUCUCUGGCAGGGUCUUGGGAGGCAGUGGCAGCAUGAAUGAACCUCACGGCAAGGAGGCUGCAAGACGGCAGAAGCCAACGUUUGGCCCCAUUUUGCCAGUUAAAGCUCCCAUUGUUCACCUAUGAAACUGACAAGGGAGAUUGAAGCAUCAAAGCAAGUACAGAGGGUGAACACUGGCUGCUUGUCUUUUUGAUUGGUUACUCUGUACCAGAGAAGGAAAGGCCUGCUGCUGCAGAGAGUGUUGACUAGGGUUGUCUUCUUUUCUGUGUUUUGGAUUUGAACUUUAGAUGAAACACCUUUUUUCUCAGUCUUGUAGUUUUUUUUUGCCUGAUCAAGGCGCCUGAUCCAUUUCGUUUGUGUUUUUUUUUGCGGGGAGAUGGGAUUAGGGGGUUUGAUUAUGCUGACUUUCUUUUCUUUCUUGGUUUCAUGGCUACUCGGAGAAUUGAAGAAUUUCAGAGUUGUAUACUUUGAUAAUAAAUGAAAGUUUGAAAUAUGUCCUUUUUUUUUUACUCUGCCCUGGAGCCCUGCAAGUUUAUAUCAACUGUUUGCAAUUGAAAUCAUUGUUCAAGGAUUAGUGUUGGAUCAACACCCCUGCUCUGUCCUCCAGCUUGGAUAAAUAACCAGAACGCUACUUGAACCCAAAGGGUUAAAUUGUAAAGAGGUUUUGUACAAAGUACAGUUGUAAUUCAGAACAUUAGGUUAAGGAUUGGGUUAUAGUUUAAGGGGCUUGGAUAAAAGAUGGGAGGGUGGUGUAUGGAAAUAAGUAUCAGGGUUAACUAAUCUGUAGCAAUACAUGAGCAAAACUACUGAAAACUGACCACCAACACAAUAUGUUGGGAUUAAGUUAGCUUUCAUAUAGACCAAAUGGAUGCAUGGUUCCUCCAUCCUACUUUGUAAUAUUUUAAUUAAGUAUCUGAAUGACAACAAAUUUGCAUUUAAAUUAACCAUUACAACGAAAGGUAAGUCAAUCUUAACAAAAUCCUGUUGGCCAUGCAAUUUAAAAAAAGAACUGAUUUGAUACACCCAGAAAAUUUAACCUUCCCACAUACCACUUAUUGAAGGUCCUAGCAAAUCACUAAUAGCAUUUAUUAUUACAGAUUGAAACUCUCACUCCAUGUUCACUUUCCUCUGUGCAGGAAAAUUGUUAAAAUAAAUACACCCGAGUGAUGUAACUGUUCUGAGAAUGCUGUAAAGUGAAAGUCUGUAAAGUUGUCUAAAAUCACAAAAGUUGCACUAGUAUGCUAUUUAGCUAUAGAUUAGUACAGGUCUUAGAAUUACAGUAGUUAUUUGGUACAGAUCUGCACUUGUGAUUCUACACAUGUGGGACCAUGGGAGUUGACAGUUUCAACUUCUACUGCAGUUCCCACUUGCUAUUGUGUAGAAACGCUGAAAAUCAAUGAUAUGUAAAUGUGCAUUCAGGAAAAAAAGAUCUGAAGUA